AUGGCAUCACGGCGUCAAAAACAGUUUGAUCGUAAAUACAGCUCGUUCAAAAGAUACACAGCUACUGAAGAUGUCAAUUAUAGCUCUCAUUCAUCCAAAUCGAGUUAUCGAUCUGAAUCUUUAACUUCUAGAUCCGAUUCUCGCGGUCGUUCAACUCACUUUGAAGUUGUUGCUGGAUCAGACACAAGAUCAUUUCCAGUAUACAUCGCAAUUCAAGACUAUCAACCGGAUGCUUCGGAAGUUGAAGGCAUCGCCCUUGAGCAGGGACAGAUUGUUGAAGUCUUGGAUAAGAAAAACGCUGCUCGUUGGCUUGUACGAACAAAAGCACGUCCACCACAAUCUGGAUGGGUACCGGGAUCGUAUUUUGAAACACCUACCGAGUAUUAUAAGCAACGUCGAAAAACUCGUGAAAUAGAACAUCCAUCUGCAAAUCUUUCAGAAGAACAAGAAGCAAUUCUUAAAAGAGAUCAAGUUUAUCAUGAUCUAUUACGAUCAGAAGAGGAGUUCGUAACUGAUUUGCGGGUAUGCAUCGAUGAAUUCGUCAACCCAUUGAAUGAUUCAUCAAUUCCGGACGAAGUUCAAAAAUACAAGGAAAUACUCAAAACUAACUUGACGGAGUUGUAUCAGUUUCAUGCCAAUGUUAUGCUCAAAGGCUUAAACUAUUAUUCUGAUGAUCCGGGAAAGGUCGGACAAACAUUUGUACGAUUGGAGCAUGAUUUCGAUCAGCAUGUUCAGUUUUACAAAGAUUUGCCAACAUUGUUGGAAAAACUUGAAAAUCCUCCAAUCAAGGAGUAUUUUGAGUCAUUGGCUGAUAAAUGCGAAGCUGGUGCAAGAUCUUAUGCGGAUCAUCUGAAGAAUGUGGCAGACCGGAUGACCCAUUAUCAAAACUACUUCAAGGAGUUUGUGAAGUACUCUGCUCGUGCAAAUGUCAGCACAAAAAGCAUGCAAAAAGCAUUGGAGUUAUGCAUCUGUGUACCACAAAGAGUUAACGAUUUGGUUUAUACUGAUAAUAUAAAGGAAUAUCCUGGGGAUACAAAUAAGCUCGGACGAUUAAUACGACACGAUAUGUUUAAAGUUGAAGAAGGAGAAGGUAAUCCACCUAACGAACGCUAUGUCUUCUUAUUUAAUAACAAGGUUAUGAUAACUGAAAAGUUAUACACUGAACCUGUCUCUUACAAACAUUAUGCAACUAUUAGGCUCGAUAAGUAUUCUGUACGCACGCAUUCGAUUAGCGAGGAUGUAAUUAUCUUGAAGCCAAACGAACAAGGAUUACCAUCUUUUACUUUGACACCAACCGAUGUAUCACAAGCUGAAUUCGUACGAAAAGCUUGGCUACGUGAUAUUGCUGAAGAGCAUGAGGAAUACGGUUAG